AUGGCGGCAGCAGCAGCAGCAACAACUCUCUUCCUCAAACUCUCCUUCACCCGUCAUCACUUCACUCCUCCUCCUCCUACUCCCGCCAAUCCCUUCCCGCUUCAUCCCCGCCGUUCAUCGGGUUGUCUUUCUCGCAAUCCCGGCCGUUGCCUCGCCGCCAAAUCGGGACCUCCCUUGCCUCCUCCGGAAUCCGACCAGAAUCAGCUCACAGGUCUUGCAGGAUCUUUGUCUGAAUUUCAGGACAAAGUGCACAUCUUCUUUGCUGUUCUUUUUUGGAUGUCUCUGUUCUUCUGGGCUUCUGUAUGGGACGACAAGGAUAGACUGAACAAGGGCUCACGGUUUAGAAGAUGACUGAGUAAGCAUUUAUUUGUAUAUAAUGAUAGUCUGAACGGAUAGGAUUAGCAUAUGCACCGAACAAGCAGUGAUUUUUUUCUUGGAUAAUAUAGUACAAAGCGGGCUAGAUUACAUAGACAAAUGAUGUACUUAGUAAAGAUGAAUGACUAGUCUUGUGUGUGUUAAUGUGCCCUUUUGUGAGUUUUUAUCUAAGACAUGAUAGGUACCUAUACUACAAUAAGGAGCCUUUUUAAUCCUACAAUGAGAAAACAGGUCAACUAUGCCCUUUUGCAUAAAAAGAAUUAAAUAAUGUUCAAUUUCUAACCACCCACUUUCUUUC